AUUAGGGCUAGUGAGCUGCGAAUGAUAUUGCUUGAACUUGGUCCGACAUUUGUCAAAAUUGCUCAAGCUGUAUCAUCUCGUCCAGACGUCGUUCCACCGGCAUAUCUAAAUGAGCUUUCAUUGUUGCAAGACCAAAUAGCCCCCUUCUCAACAGAACUUGCUUUUAACAUUGUCGAAAAGGAGCUAGGUUCUUCAAUUGAUGUCCUUUUCUCAGAAAUCUCACCCGAACCAGUUGCAGCUGCUUCACUUGGACAGGUCUAUCAAGCCAGGCUUUGUUCUAGUGGGAAGAUUAUUGCUAUCAAAGUACAGAGGCCUGGAGUGCAGGCAGCAAUUUCGUUGGAUAUUUAUAUCCUUCGUUAUGUUGCAGGCUUGAUAGAGAAAGCAGCCAAAUUGAAUACAGAUCUUCAGGCCGUGCUUGAUGAAUGGGCAUCAAGUCUAUUUCGGGAGAUGGAUUACAGGGAAGAAGCCAAAAAUGGUAUUAAAUUCAGGAAGCUAUAUGGACAGCUACAGGAUGUUUUCGUGCCAGAAAUGUUUGUGAAGCAAAGCACCCGCCGAGUCCUUAUCAUGGAAUGGGUGGAGGGGCAGAAGUUAGUGGAGGUCAAAGAUCUUUAUCUUGUAGAGGUUGGAGUCUAUUGCUCACUUUCCCAGCUUCUGGAAUAUGGAUUUUAUCAUGCUGAUCCUCAUCCUGGAAACCUUCUUCGAACAGUGGAUGGGAAGCUAGCAUACUUGGAUUUUGGAAUGAUGGGGGAGUUUAGGCAAGAGCUCCGAGAUGGAUUUAUUCAAGCUUGUCUUCAUCUUGUUAAUCGCGAUUUUGAUUCUUUAGCAAAGGACUUCAUUACUCUUGGGCUUCUUCCUCCCACCGCACAGAAAGAUGAGGUUACGAAAGCACUGACAGAUGUAUUCGAAGAUGCUGUCAACAAAGGAGUCCGCAAUAUAAGUUUUGGAGAUUUGUCUGGAAAUUUGGGCCGCACCAUGUACAGGUUUAAAUUCAGGAUACCCUCAUAUUUCUCGCUAGUCAUUCGAAGCCUUGCAGUUCUGGAAGGUAUUGCAAUUGGUUUCGAUCCAAAGUAUAAAGUUUUGAGUAGCUCAUAUCCAUGGAUUGCAAGAAAAGUUUUAACUGAUAGCUCUCCACAACUUAGAUCUACCUUACACACCCUCCUUUAUAAGGAAGGCGUUUUCAGGAUCGAUCGUUUGGAAUCCCUGUUGACGGAGUCGCUUCGUGCGAAAUCCGAGCAGUCUUUUGCCAGUGGUCAAGUUGAAAAUAUGGAUUCUUCUGCGGCAAUGAAACAAGCUAUUUCUUUUACCCUGACUGCAAAAGGUGCGUUCGUAAGGGAAAUUCUUCUCGAGGAAUUUGCCAAGGGAUUAGAUGCACUAGGCUUGGCGACUUUGGAAUAUGUUUCAUCAUCCUCUGCAUCAAUAAUACCGUUUACAGUUCAAAUAUCCUCAGUCUCAAUGGCUGCUGAAGAUCGUACAAACUUGAGGACUUUAAGUCGUCUUUUCUUACUUCUAUCCAGGCUUCAGAAACAAGAUUAUGCUGACGCAGAAUCAAGAGAUACUAAUGUUGAAAAUGAUACAAAAAUGGACAGGGAAGAGCUCUCCAUGGUUCUUUAUCAAAUGACAUCUGUGCAAGGCUUCUUGCCUAUUUUUUCAAUCAUCCCAGAGCUUCCAUUGGAGUCUCAACAGGAACUGAUUCGCCUGCCUGCUGAUUUGGCUACAAGGUUGGUGUCUAGGAUGGUUGCAAGGACCAUAAGAAGGAUUUUUGCAUAGAAAGGUGAUUAAUCCAUUUACACAAAUACCCAAAAAACUUAAUCCAUAAAUUAAUCUGCAAUAUUUGGGUCAUCAGCUACAGAGGUGAAGCUGUGCAUAUCCUGAGGGUAAGUUUGUCUGCCCAACAAAUUUCUUGAAUACUUUCAGCAUAGAAAAGCUUAAUGAAAUAUGGAAUUUAAUU